UAUGGCCACGAACGACGAAGGUAUUUCUAUCGACCUGCAAGCCCUUCGCAACUUUCGGCUGGAGCGCGUGCUCGACGAAGAUCCUGUCACCCGCGCACUCGCUGUCUUGGGGUCGCUCGCCAGUGAUGAUGGUAUUACGGUUGACGCGAUCGUGCGCAUCGAGAAGACCGCGCUGCCUCCCCAGUUUGCGACGACCUCUGGACUGAGCGAGAGCCUAGGGCGCGUGGAGAAGGUAGAGCGGAAUGGAAUUUACUCUUGGUUUAUGGCUUGGCUCAGUGACGCUGCGCGCUCGAACCCGGACUUGAAGAUCAAUAUCAUCGCGCCUUGUACGGAAGUGCACAUCCGCAAGUACUCUCGUCAACAGAUAUUGAUGGUACAUGAAACACCAGCCCUCUACACUUCUAUUGUACAGCCUUACAUCGCUGCAUUCCCCUCCUCACGCACGCAGUGGGUUGAAGACAUAUUGUCCGGAAAGUCGGAAGCCGACAAAGUCCUCCAUCGCGACCCCGAUCCUGAGUACGGCUAUGUCAUGCUCCCCGACAUGAAAUGGGACCUGCGUACGCUCGGCUCGCUCUACCUCGUCGCGAUCGUCCUGUCAGCGGACAUCAAGAGCCUGCGGGAUCUCCGCAAGAAACAUCUGGGCAUGCUGAGGAGCAUCAGGCGCGAGGCGGCGCGCGUCGUGCAGGAGCACUGGGGGCUCGGGCGAGGGUCCUUGCGGCUCUACGUGCAUUACCAGCCGUCGUAUUACCACUUCCACGUACACAUUGUCAACGCGAACUACGCAGGACUCAUGGGCAGCACCGUUGGGCAGGCACAUCUGCUCGAUGAUAUCAUCUCCAUGCUUGAAACUGACGUCGAACAGGGUCCCUCAAUAUUCCAGCGGCUUACCCUCACGUAUGGGCUAGGCGACCAGCACGGAUUGUAUGAGCCAAUGAUCGCUGCCCAAGCGGUCGCGGAAUUGUAAGGAACAAUAUAUACACUGCUGUACAUGCUUCUGUAUAAGGGCUAGAUCCAAGAGAGUACACGUCGGAUUGCCGGCGAUAUAAAUAUAUAAUGAACAACCA